AUGGUGAUUCCAACCAGUAAACCUUUUGAUCCGCUUGUUGACGUUGAUUCUCUUGAAGGGAAACAUAUCCUAAUCACUGGAGUACUCAUAGGAACAUCUGGAUUGGGCAGAUCAUCACUUUUUGCACUGGCAUUUCAUCAGCCUGCAAAGAUAUACUUCACUGGGCGCAACAGAGAUUCUGCCAACAAUAUAAUCAAAACUCUCGGCCAGAUGUAUCCGGAUGUGAACGCUGAGUUCAUCCCUACCGAUCACUCUCGUAUGUCGUCGAUGCGACAAGCGUUGCAAAAGAUACUGGAAGGACCCUUCUCGAGACUGGAUAUUCUCAUGUGUAAUGCCGGAACCAUGGCCUGCCCCCCAACCCGCACGAUGGAAGGCUAUGAUAUUCAGUUUGCUACAAACUACAUGAGCCAUGCUCUAGCAGUUAAUAUGCUACUUCCAACAAUGAUCAAAACUCAAGCUGAGUAUAACAGCGAUGUUCGCAUUGUUCUUUUAACAAGCGAGGCAUACAUGUUGCACCCAUUGGGCGGCAUUGAUUGGGAAAACAUCAAAACCAACACCAAGUCGAAGCCCCUAAUUCGUCCUUCAAUCGAUCGCUUCCUACCCUGGGGCGGGGAAUGGAUGAGAUACGCUCAGUCACAGCUUGCAAAUAUGUUACUCGCUUUAGAGCUCUCUCGACGAUAUCCCCAGAUCCGUAGCAUUGCUGUUAUGCCUGCUUCCAUUUCCGAUACAAAUCUUAUACGAACAAGAAGUUUAGCCAACCGCAUGCUGAUACAUGCUGUUGAGCCUGUUCGCAGUCCAGAAUUCGGAGCUAUGACUCAAAUUUGGGCGGCAGGGAGUCGCAAGUAUGAGUUGACCAACGGAGGGUACUACCAGGCGGUUGGUGUCGAGGGUUGGCAUGUGCGCAAGUCAAGGGAUGUGGUGCUAGGAGCAAGAUUGUGGAAUUGGACUGCGACUGAACUUGGCCUGAAAGAUAGCUAA